GGGCUACUAAAGCAGGGGAGCCAUCCCCUCUGCAGAGGAUCAAAACAGCUCUAGUGCGACGUAAAUUAAGUACCUAUCUACCUUUGCUAGCUAUCUAGCCUCAACCAUAGGCUUCAUUAAUAGAAACGCAAAGCUAUAAGCUAAUGCAAAGAGCUCAUCAAACUUUUCUGCAAUCAACAUGAAUGACUGAUGAAUUUUUAAAUUUGUGUGCAGUUUUUGGUAAAUACUAAAUCAAAUGAAUCCUGAUUUGGUAUUGUUAUUAAGAAACAUUAAAAAUUAUUAAUAUUUGAAAACGCGGUUUUUAAAUGGGAUCUUCAUUCGUUUAUUGUUUGUAACACAUCAUCAUUAUCUGCUCUUAUUUCUGAAACACAACCAAACAUAGAACAAGUAGUAUACACUAAGAGAAUUAUGAAGUGUAUGUGAUGAAAAAAUUAAAACUUUAGCAACAAGUAAUGAAAAUGAAUUUAUUGCAUUCUACAAAAAGUGUCUUUUUGGAGUAGUUUAAUCAAAUAAAGCUUAUGUAUGACAGAUUUUAUUCAUAUGACACUUUUUUCUCAUUGGUGAAAAGCCUUAUUAAAGAUUGUGUGAAGAAAAGAAACUGACAUAAAUUGAAUUUAUGCUGUGUUUAUCAUUAAAGAUUGUGUGAAGAAAAGAAACUGACAUAAAUUGAAUUUCUGCUGUGUUCAUCAUUAAAUAAUUUUUUUAAAUUAAAUUUUGUGUUUAUUGCAAUUUUUUUUAAUCAACCAGAAGUCUUCGUAAAAGUUCACAGUCAAAAUUUUUGAAAGUCAACAAAGUCUGUAAACGCUUAUAGUUAACAAUAUCUGAUAGUGUUUUUAAUGAAUAAUCAUAUUUGUGCUUAAAAAAAGCGUAAAGAAAAAGAAAUUUUUUAAAAAAUGUUCUGACCUAUUAUUUUCACAACCUGCUGAAAAUUUGUAGCAGUAUUAUGUGAGCAAUUGAUAUAGGCUGAUAAUUGAAUUAUGAGAAAAAUAUAUUGGUUAAGCUUUUAUUGAUGCUAAAAUGAAACAUUAAUAAAUCAGUGUAUAUAGCAUAGCAUUUGCUCAAUAUCAAAUAUUUUUCCUUUCAUUAAGAAUCUCAGUUGUGACAUCGGUAGUAUGAGAUAGUGUUUUCAUAUUAAAGAUAAUUUAAUGAUCACAAUAUAGUGCAGGUGUAUAUUAUGUGCAAUAUGAACUCUUCAUCAAACAGCGAUUUAUCUAAAAGUAAUGCUCUUCAUACUGGUAAGGAACCUCAUUCUGAUAACGAAGACAGGCAGAAUAUUUCAGUAAAUACUGAACUAACUCUCAACAAUCCAUUUCAGACUUUUACAAAAACUUAUUCAUGUAAUAGUAUAUGCAAUAAAAGUUUUCCAAAGGAAGGCAGUCUCAUUGACCAUCAGCGUGUUCAUACUCAUGAGAAGCCUUAUACGUGUAAUAUAUGUAAUCGGAGUUUUUCUCAGAAAUGUAAGCUAACUGCCCACGGUAGUGUUCAUACUGGCGAGAAACUUUAUUCUUGUGCUAUAUGUAAAAUGAGUUUUUCUCGGAAAGGUAAUCUAACUGCUCACAAUCGUGUUCAUACUGGUGAAAAACCGUAUUCUUGUAAUAUAUGUGGAAAAAGUUUUUCCCAGAAUUGUUAUUUAAUGAAACACACUUUUGUCCAUACAGGGGAAAAACCUUAUUCUUGUAAUGUAUGUAGUAAGAGUUUUUCCCAUCAAAAAAAUCUAACUGGUCACUUACGUGUUCACACUGGGGAGAAACCAUAUUCUUGCAGUGUAUGUAAUAAGGGUUUUGCUACUAAAAGCAAUCUAAAUGAACAUAAUCGAACUCAUACAGGUCAAAAGCCUUAUAGUUGCAGUGUAUGUAAUAAAAGUUUUUGUAAUAGUAGAGUUCUAACUGAACAUAGUCGUAUUCAUACUGGUGAGAAACCUUUUUCUUGUAGUAUAUGUAAUAGGAGAUUUACAAAAAAGGGUGAUCUAACUCGCCAUAAUAAUAUUCAUACUGGUGAGAAACCUGACACCCCUGUAGCAGAAUUUUUUGGGCUUUCUGCGACAAAUUUCUCUAGCACUAAUAUCUUUCUACAAGAUAUUUUUAAAAGAAAUUCUUUCUGCAAGAAUUCUAACGUUCUGCGACAGUGUCGCCGUUAUUCUGCCGCGGGGCCUGACACUUGCAGCAUACGUAUCAAGAGUUUUUCAAAGGAUACUCUAACUUAUCAUACUCAUACUGGUGAGAAACCUUAUUCAUGUAGUAUUUGUAAUAAGAAUUUUUCACAUGAACGAAUUUUAACUCGAUACAAUUAUGUUCAUACUAAUGUGAAUCUUUAUUCUUGUAGUGUUUGUUAUCGAAGUUUUCCUGUUAAAGUUGGAGAGACCUUAUUUUUGCAGGUGUGUAAUAAAAGUUUUUCAUGUCGAAGAAGUCUGAGUGCUCAUAGUCGUGUUCAUACUAGUGAGAAACCUUAUUCUUGUAGUAUGUGUAAUAAGAGUUUCUCACUGUGGAGUAGUCUGACAGAACACGGACAUGUACAUACUGGUGAGAAACCGUAUUCUUGUAAUAUAUGUAAUAAGAGUUUUUCAUAUCGAAGUAAUCUGACUGCUCACAGUCGUGUGCAUACUGGUGAGAAACCCUAUUCUUGUAGUGUAUGUAAUAAAAGUUACUUAAAUAAGAGUGCACUGACAUAUCACAGUCUGACCCAUACUGGAGAAAAGCCUUUUUCUUGUAACAUAUGUAAUAAAGGUUUUUUAGAUAGAAGUCAUCUGACUGCACACACUCGUGUUCAUACAGGUGAGAAACCGUAUUCUUGUAGUAUAUGUAAUAAAAGUUUUUCAUAUAGAAGUCAUCUGACUGAACACAGUCGUGUUCAUACUGGUGAGAAACCUUAUUCUUGUAGUAUAUGCAAUAAAAGUUUUUUAAAUAGAAGUCAUCUGACUGAACACUGUCGUGUACACACUGGUGAGAAACCGUAUUCUUGUAGUGUAUGUAAUAAGAGUUUCUCCCAUAGAAGUAAUUUGACUGGACACAUUCAUGUUCAUACUGGUGAAAAACUUUUUCCAUGUAGCAUAUGUAAUAAAAGUUUUCUACGGAAGACAAAUCUUUGUGACCACAUGCACAUUCAUACUGGUGAGAAGCGUUAUUCUUGUAGUAUAUGUAAAAAAGGUUUUUUAUAUAAAAGUCGUCUGACUGCACACAGUCUUGUUCAUACUGUUGAUAAAACUUAUUCUUGUAGUUAAUGUAUAAAGAGUUUUUUUCUGAGGAUAAGUUAAAUUGCUCCCUGUUGUGUUUAUACUGUUCAUUAACUUUAUUCUUGUUGUAAGUGUAAUAAAAUUGCUUUUUUCAAGAUAGUGAA